AAAGCCCUUUGCCACUGACAAAUCUAUUCCAAUAUCGGAAUAAAUAAUGGCAUAAUAUCUGGGACAGGAAUGGGGUUGAUUUAAUAUCAAACUGAAAUACGUAUCUUCUAGGUAAACAUAACAUCCCUUAGGCCCUCAUCAACGAGUAUUCCUAUGUUAUUUGACGCAUCAAAGCAGCAAAACAUCCCACAGGCAACCAAAUGCUUCUACCCAUACAAUUCGUCCAAUUCGGACCUUAUCAAAUCCACAUUCGCUUUUCAAUAGUACACACAAAGUGCUCGUGUCUUCGUUAUUCUCGUGAAUGGAGCCUCGACAAUUUUACCAACAGCCGCAGAAGCCUCAACCGCAGCAACAACAACAACACCGACCAAAAGAAAUGAAGGGACAACCAUCUCUCAAACAUUUAUUUACUUUUGUGACAUGGCAAAAUUGUGGCCCGUUGACUGCGGGUCUAAUAACAGCUUUGUUUUCGGGUGCCUUGAGGACUGCUCUAGCUAUUCUCAUCGGCAAGAUAUUUGAGGCUAUCUCCGAAUUUGGGUCUGGGCAGUUGGCUGGGCCAGACACCCUCGCUCAAGUUUCAUCCUGGUGUGUUGUAUUGGUUCUCAUCGGUGGCGCAGGAUGGAUCGUCAAUUUCUCCUUCAUGCUAUCUUGGAUUGUUUUUAGCGAGCUCCAAGCGAGAAAUAUUCGUCAAAAAAUGUUCUUCGCUCUAUUAAAGAAGGAUAUGCGAUGGUUCGACUGCCAGCAGGACGGAGUUGCUAGUUUACUCAUUAGAAUGCAAACACAAACCCGAGAGCUCCAGAUGGCGUCGUCGGUAGCGCUUGGUUCCCUUGCGGCAGAAAUAGCUACGUCGCUUGCGAAUCUCGUCGUGGCUUUGAACGGUUCGUGGAAACUCACCCUUGUUCUCCUCGCUACGGUACCUAUUUCCGUCAUUAUACUCGCUAUGCUGAGCCGCACGUUGAAGCAAGCGAUUCAGGCUCAGAAGCUGGAGUUAGGCCGAGCAUCCAAAUUUGUGAUAUCUGCAGUCACCGCCAUAGACCUAGUAAAGGCUUUCAACGGUACCGAUCACGAGACUUGGCAGUACCUCCAGGCAAUUCGACGGUCCAUGGACAAAUAUCUUAUCCAAGCUAGGGCGAGCGCGGGCCAAUUUUGCUAUGUUCGAUUAUGGAUAGACGGGAUGUUCGUCCUCGGAUUCUACUACGGCGUCGUUUUAGUCAAUGAAGGAUUAAGCCCGGGUAAUGUCAUGACGACCUUUUACGCAGCUCUUGCUGCAUUACAGGCCAUCGAGGCUUUUAUACCGAUGUACAUGGUCCUUGCGAGAGGAAUGUCAGCCGGCCAAGCAUUGUAUUUCAUAGCGAACGAAAUUGAAGGUGGACGAAGAGUACAACGAAUGAUCGGUAGCCGGCAACCGAAGCAUUGUUUCGGCAAUAUCAAAUUUGACCAUGUCACCUUUGCGUACCCGUCGAAUCCGUCGAAGAUUGUAUUGAACAAGUCCUCGUUCUCCUUCCAAGCAGGCCAACUAUAUUUUGUCGUCGGGCGAAGUGGUUCAGGGAAGAGCACAUUGGGUAAUCUGUUGUUAAAUUUCUACGAGCCUCUUAGUGGCGAUAUUUUGAUCGACGGCUACGCACUUCAAACUCUCGACGUUGAAUGGGUACGGAAAAAUAUCACUUUGAUCCAGCAGACGAGCGUCCUCUUCAACGAUACUUUCUCCAUAAAUGUCGCAAUGGGUCACCCGAAUCCUACGCGAGUUUCCAGCGCGGAAAUAACGACCGCAUGCGAAACAGCAUUGCUCCAGUCGACGCUUGCUGGCCUUCCCAAUGGUCUCGAUACUUACGUAGGACCUGGUGGUCACGAUCUCAGCGGUGGUCAGAAACAACGACUAGCUCUCGCGAGGGCGAAGAUACGCGACCCACCGGUGCUUAUACUGGACGAAAUCACCAGCGGACUUGAUCCAGUGAGUCGAAGCCUAAUAAUGGAUGCGAUUAGACAGUGGCGACAAGAUAAGACAACCAUCAUAAUUACGCACGAAGUCGCACAGAUUCAGGAUUAUGACUUUAUAUAUGUUAUGGACGAUGCGCGGGUCGUUCAAGCGGGGCAUCGCAAAGAUCUGCAGCUUCAAAAGGGUGGCGUCUUUUCUGUACUUGUCUCUUCUCUAGCCGCGGAUGAUGGCGAAAUAAGCGACCAAGAAACAAAUACCAUUAUAAAUUUUUCUCGACCUAGAAGCACCGCCCAACCGGAGGAUCGUACCUUAUCGAAAUAUUUCUGGCCCUUUGAUAGGCGCGACAGCCAAUAUCUAACCCGUAGGAACACGAUGGCUAUGGGUGGUUCGCAGCAUAUCUUAAACAAGGUACAUUGGGAUGAUGAUGAGGCCGACUCUCGUCCACUGCAAACUGGUGAGCCAAUAACCCAGAGCAAAUUCCUCCGAACUGUCGGUACACUUGGUCGACAACUCUCGACGUCAUGGAAGCAUGAAAGUCGGUUAUUCCGCGGUAUAUCUGGUCAAAAGACGGUACCAGAUAGAACGGCGAGCAUACUCCGCCUCCAAGAUCUGGGAGAUAGGGUACGAGAUGAUCGUGUCGGCACUUUUCGUAAGGUUGGGCGGCAGGCCUUGGCAUCCGAGAGCGCGAUCACGAGUAUUUCUGAAUCGCAUAAUGGCGAUGACCAUAAAAAAAGUGAAAAGAAUGAGCGAAUAUCUCUAUGGGGCAUAUAUAGGACUGUCUGGCCUUGUCUGAGUCUAACCCAAAGAAUCGCACUCCUCAUCGGGUUUGUCAUGUGUAUUUUGGUUGCGGGGUCUGUGCCAGCUUUCUCUGUCAUAUUUGCUAAUCUUCUAGCUGUGCUAUAUUCUGGAGGCAACAAGAUGGAAGCUGGAACAAAGUGGGCUCUAUACUUGCUGCUCAUAGCUUUUCUAGGGGCGGUAUCGACGUUCCUCAGCCAGUACUUGGUACAGUGGGCGGGUCAAGCCUGGGUUAACGCCCUCCGAAUGCAAGCAUUAAACAGGAUCUUGCGACAACCAAAGGCAUGGUUUGAUAAACCCGAUCACUCAACAGUUCGCAUCAGCGAAUGCAUGGAUAGGAAUGCCGAGGAGAUGCGAAAUCUCAUUGGACGAUUCGCACCCCAACUCCUUGUCGUCGUGAUCAUGAUCCUGACCACUAUCAUAUGGGCUUUAAUUAUCUCGUGGAAGCUCACUCUCGUCAGCCUUGGAAGUGCCCCGCUUCUCAUUGCAGCUACGAAGGGUUACGCGUUCGUGUCACAGAAAUGGGAAACACGAUCUAACAAGGCCGCCCAAGAAACUAGCACGAUUUUGACUGAGACCUUUCUCAACAUACGUGUCGUCCGUGCUUUAACGCUGGAACACUUUUUUUCUGUUAAAUAUGAUAAGUCUAUCGGUAAAGCCUUCGAGAUCGGCGUUAGAAAAGCCGUCUGGACCGCUACCCUAUUCGCUUGUUGGCAGUCUAUAUUCUGGUUCAUGAUGGCCCUCAUUUUCUGGUAUGCGACUGUGCUCCUCACCGUCAAUAGGGAGGUGACGGUGAGCGCUAUUUUACAGGUGGUGAAUUUACUAGUUCUCGGCCUCACCACCGCCUCUAACAUUCUGAAUUCCGUACCAAGCAUAUCUACAGCUCAGGCUACUGCCGCCCAACUUCUCUAUUACGCGACUCUGCCCGUGGGAACCUCUCACGAACCAACUGGAGGCACCAAACUAACAAGCCCUCUCCCAAUUCGGAUGGAAGGGCUUUAUUUCGCUUACCCGUCUUCGAUGAAGAACAUAGUGCUUCGAAACCUCACACUUGCGGUCGACGCCGGAACAUCAACCGCAAUCGUUGGCCCUUCGGGUUGCGGCAAAAGUACGAUUGCUUCUAUCAUCGUGGGCCUGUACGUACCAGAUCUGUCGGGCGGGCAGCGACGACAACAGCUUACUUUCGCAUUAACCCCAGUUUCCGAGAUCAACAUCAUCGAUCUCAGAAACCACAUUGGCUACGUUCCACAAGUACCAUUUCUUUUUCCCGCUACUAUCGCUGGGAAUAUUUCCUAUGGCCUACCGGAGGACUCGUUGCUUCGUAAGUCAGAUAACCUUGAGCGAGCGGCUAAGGAAGCGGGAAUCCACGAUUUCAUCCAUAGCUUGGCGGCCGGGUACGAUACGAUUGUUGGCGAUGGAGGCCAAUCCAUUAGCGGCGGGCAAGCACAACGCAUUUGUAUUGCUAGGGCUUUGGCUCGCCGACCCAAACUUUUAGUUCUGGAUGAGCCUACGAGCGCAUUAGACGCCGAGGGCGCAGAGGCAGUGAGGCACACGAUCGAGCAUUUGAUGCGUAUCGCCAGAUUCACCAUGCGUGAUCGAGAGGAUGAUCUGGGUGUUCUCGCCGCCGGCAUGUUACAAGAGGAACUAUCUAUUGUCGUGAUUACACAUAGUAAAGAAAUGAUGCGCGUGGCAGACCGCAUUGUUGUAAUUGAUCAGGGAUGCGCGGUGGAAGCAGGGCCUUACAAUGAACUUGUUGCGAAGAAUGGAAAGUUUACGGAACUUGUGAACGACGGCCUCUGGGUGGAUGGCGAUAGAAGCAGCUAUAGUUCACGCAGACGGCGAAGUGCGAGCACGGGAGAGGGAAAAAUUAAGAAGACUGGUUCUAGUGAUCUUCCACUCCGAAGGACGAACUUAUCCGACGAAAAUGAUCCUGUUACGACGCCGAGAUGGAUUGGUAUCAGAGAUGCGCAGUGGGCUGACGGUCGAGGACCAUCUACUGGUGUCCUAAGUCCGAUGUCGAGUCCAUUCGGCGCACCGUCACGAAGAAAAGAGCAUAAAGGAGACGACAAUGCAUAAAGCGCGAUUAUCCGCCCGAAAAAUAUGUACCUAAGUAUAUGUAGGUAUGGACCAUGUAUCGGGAUGACCGAUAGAUAUAGGUGCAUUGCUCUCUUAACACCUAUUACUACCUAGGUACCUUAUGAAGUAUACUUAGAUUCCGAAUGCAUCGUUAACAGUCCUGACAAUAUUUGUUGACGAAUCUAUGGGAUGUUAGGAUGU